AUGCGUUCCGUCUUCUACCUGACUCUCAGCGUCUUUGCCACCCUCGCGGCGGCCGCCGAAAAGGCCAACCCUUUCAACAUCCCUCCCAGUGGAUAUUCAUUCACCGCUGGUGAAGCGACUACCCUCAACUGGGAACCGACUACCAGUGGAACUGUUACCUUGCGGCUUCAAUGGGGCGCCGUCCUGACCCCGAACUCGGGUGUGGCUAUUGCUCAAAGCAUCCCCAACUCGGGAAGCUUCACCUGGACUCCCCCUGCCAACCUCGCCGCUCAGCCUGAUUACACGGUUGAGAUCGUCUCGGAUGACGACAACGGUGCGGUCAACUAUCUCCCACGUUUCACCGUCUCCGGUGCCACUGGCUCUGAGACUACGAAGAGUGAUGCGACGACGACUGCCCCCAAGACCACCGCCUCGUCUACUUCGACUUCUGAGAAAACCACCAGCUCUUCCAGCUCCUCCAGCUCCAGCACCAAGAGCCCUAGCACCUUGUCGACCACCACCACCAGCCCUAGCACUCCUUCUGGCACUACCUCCACCCCCGAGGCUAAAACCACUACGACUGGCACCUCAUCCCCCUCGACUUCCGUGGUCUCCACCACGCCCGCUUCUAGCAGCGCCAGCCCUUCGGCAACCAUUGUGCCUAACGCGAAUGCGGGUGCGGCCAACCGCGUCUCUGGUGCCAUGAUGGCCCUUGUUCUGGGCGCCAUUGCUGUCUUCUAA